UGCCACUCUCCCUCUCACUUUCAUCUCCGCAAGCCAGCCUGUGCAGCACAGACUUCUCUGCCUCAAGCCGAUCAACAGUAUACUCCGCUGUCCUGUUCUGUGACCUUUUCAUCCCUCUAGUACAAAGACUUCUUGGAGGAAAGUCUGGGCUGCCCCAGGGCUGAUUCUGAUGGAGGAGGAACUUCAACGGCAGCAAAGCUGAAGGCAGCAUCAGCACACUUUCCAAGGGACGUAAAAGACCCCGGGCAUGUGGGUGGCCCUGGCUGAACUGGGGUGAGCGAGAAAAAGCUUGGAGAGUAAUCAGGGCAGGCUGUGGGCUUGAUGCCAUGACUCCCUCUCAUCAUGAACCUGGAAGGUCUGGAGAUGAUCGCCGUAUUGGUGGUUCUGGUCCUCUUCGUCAAGGUGCUGGAGCAGUUUGGGCUCUUUGAGCCAGUCUCCUUGGAAGACAGUAUAGAGGAUGAGUUUGAACUCUCCACUGUUUGUCACCGGCCUGAGGGCCUGGACCAGCUACAGGAACAAAGCAAGUUUACCCGGAAGGAGCUGCAGGUCUUGUACCGGGGCUUCAAGAAUGAGUGCCCCAGUGGCAUUGUUAAUGAAGACAGCUUUAAGCAGAUCUACUCACAGUUCUUCCCACAGGGAGAUUCCAGUACUUAUGCAACUUUCCUUUUCAAUGCGUUUGACACUGAUCACGAUGGCUCUGUUAGUUUUGAGGACUUUGUGGCUGGCUUGUCUAUUAUCCUACGUGGCACUAUAGAUGACCGGCUCAACUGGGCUUUCAACCUCUAUGACCUGAACAAGGAUGGCUGUAUUACCAAAGAGGAAAUGCUGGACAUAAUGAAAUCCAUUUAUGACAUGAUGGGCAAGUACACUUACCCAGCCAUGCGAGAAGAAGCACCCCAGGAACAUGUUGAAAACUUCUUCCAGAAAAUGGAUCGAAACAAGGAUGGUGUGGUGACUAUUGAGGAAUUCAUUGAAUCCUGCCAAAAGGAUGAAAACAUCAUGAAUUCCAUGAAGUUCUUUGACAAUGUGAUCUAGGCAGCCACUGCUGGAGCCCAGACCUUCAUAUCCCCAGGGCUUCUCUCCUUGGUGUAUCCCUCUGAGGCACUCUUCUCUUGGCUGCAUAGACAAAGCAGCUUCUUGUCCACACUGGACUGGGUGACUUUUGUAGAGGCAAUCCUCAUUUAUUCAAGCUGCACCUAGGGAAGUCCCUACAAUGGGAACGAAUUGGGAGGUUUUGGCUAGGUUGGGCCAAGGCCCAGCAGAGGAAAUGGCUGGCGUUUGCAACCACUUCCUCUGGGCAUUGAAGACAAAAUGGACCAACCUGCUGCCUCCAUCCCCAGGAAACUGCACUGUCCAGUGUUGUCACCAAACAGUGUGCCCACCCUUCAGGGCCUUCUAAUCACAGCAACCCUGUCGCCUCCAGUAGACUUCAAGUGGGUUCCACAGUACCAAAUGGCAAUGCAAACACAGUGAUUGCAAAGGACUCAUAAUGGAGCUGGUGUAUGUGCAAUCUUCCCUCUUCCUUACAUGAGGGGACUUCAUCUGAUAUAUACCAAGGUUCUCAUUGCACAUGUGCUAUUACCCUUAUGCUUCCAACAUUUCUUGGCAUCAAGGUAUCUUGCAGCCCUGGCAUUAAAUUCAACAAAUCCUUAGCAUUUCUGGAGAAGAACUUCAAGUGGGGAAAAGAGGGCUUUGUGGGAUUUUGCUUUGUGGCUUCUUUCCUUUGCACCCACAACAAAGAGAAAAUGCUGCAUCAUUCAAAACAGUUAGGUGCCUUUAGGUUUUAUUCAAAAAUCAGGAGAGGCAGAGUGAAUUAUGCUAGGAUUUCUGUGGAGAGGUAAAGUGCUGGGCCCAAUAAUUGGGCCCUACAUUGUCCAUGAUGCCAGUUCCCAAUAAUGCUAAAAGGUACCAGAAGAACAGGGUAGACAGAGAGGCCAUCAUACUAGAAACAAUCAGAUCAGAGUGGAAUUCAAAUCUGUUUCUGUAUGAUUUCAAUGGGCAGAGCCUCCCGUGUGCUUAGAGAUAUUCAUGAAGCACCUUUUGCAACUAGGUAUUAAACAGGAAAUGUAUGUUAAAGAGCUUUGAUGUCCUUGAGCGAGAAAUGCAGAGAUCAGCAAAGGGCUGUGGGUAGCAAUGCAUCUGAAGUCAUGAAAAAAUCUAGUCAUGAGGGUUAAAAGUGGCAUCAACCAAGUGUAGGGUUCUGUCAUGUGCCUUGAGAUGAAAAUUGUGUUUGAGAUGAAAACAUGAUUUCUAUAAUACCCAUUGGUAUACUGAGAUCAGGGUGUCUGAUAGAGGUAAAGCAAGGGCCAAAAGGGUCAUAUGGGGAGAGGUAGAGAGAAUCUUUGCUGCUCCUUUCUUUGGCCAGUUCUCUCCUUUCUCUGUAGCUUUCCUUUACUUUCUGUCCAUCUCAGUUAUGCUACACCUUUUCUGUUACUGUCCUCAGAGCAAGAAGGCCUUGGACCCCUCAGUAGCAAAAGUAUUAUGAGCAGCCAGCAACUUCAGAACCUGUUUAUAAAGCUCCAAAACAGUAACAGGUUCUAUAAAAGUUUUGCAGCUCUUGUGAAGAGUCCAGUCCAUGCUAAGUGAACAAGACUAGUAAGAAAACAAGAAAUAAUGGAGUGGGCAAGGAGAAUCAGGAGACAGUAGAAGAGGAAAAACGAAGUUAUUUUGAUGUUUCAAGAAAUAUUUUGCCAAAAAAUAGAUAUCUCAGUCUUUAAGAUGUGAAUAACAACUGUGAAGCUAUGUUUAUGCCCAGUGACAGUAGUGGUACUGAAGGACAGGAGAAUCCAAUAGGAAAACUAAGUGAAGACAAGAUAAGAGAAGCAGUCUGAUGUAGGGAUAUGAAGUGUGGUCUAGAACCCUGACAUUUAUUAAAGCAUGAUAAUACUCGAUUUAAGCGGAGGGGGCAUGUGAUAAAAAUAAAAGAUGGAAUUAGCUGAGGCAUUCAAGUAGAAAGAUAUGGAAAAAAGGCCAAUAAUUAAAACAAAAUGGCUGAAAUCUGACCAAGGGUUUUCUUAGGAGAAUUUAGAGCAAGAAAACUAGCAACAGUACAAUGACAUUUGUGAUUUAGGCAAUGCAUGAAGAAACAAAGAUGAUGUUAAAGGUGAUAAUGUGGUUCUUUUGGCCACUUUAAGUUGAGGGAGCUCCACCCCAUCCUCCUACUUGCCCUUGUUGUGGUGCUCCAAAAUAUGCUGAUCUGUGAGGGUGAUGGGAAUUAUAUUCCAACACUUCUGGAGAGCACUGCAUUGAUGAAGGUUGCUGCAUCAAAACAAAAGGUGUGUGUAUGGGAUGGGGUAGUGGCCUAUAAGCAAAUUAAAGGUUGGGGAAUAUACAAUAUGUGAACAGUAGAGACAAUAUCCUCUAUCCUAGCUCAUCUAGUUUCCCCUAAAGUACACAAGUUACUUCAUCACAUUUUUAAUAUCCAUCCACAGUCCUCCUUUUAUCCCGGCUGCAAUUAUUCUCAUAUAUAUAUAUGUUGUUGUUGCUGUUCCUUCAUUUUAACAUCUGGACAUUCUGAAGUUUGAUCCUGCGAUUUCAACCUGCUUGUAGUUUCAGCUCUGAGUAAGCAUUUGUACUUGUAUCAAGCUUCAAAGUCCUGCUGAAGUGAGAGCCUCUGGUCUGUAGAAUGCAGGCAGAAUGUGUCCAUUCAGGAGAGACUCUUCCCAAUGGGUGGAAGGACUGGAUUGAGACUGGAGGUAGAACUGGUUGGCUCAGAAUUUAUAAGCUAUGCAAACAGACCUCCAUGUGCACUAGACCCCAAAUGAGGCUCUACCCUUUCCUGAGACUGCCAUUUCACCUCCUGCCAAUCCAUCACACUACCUUGAAGGACCCCUUCAUCUCUAGUUUAAACAGUUGAGCAUCUCAACAGAGGUUGGGGUCUGGGGGCAGCACUAAAUCUACCCGAUAGUUUUCUUUUAAUUUGUAACCUCCAAGACCUGUCAGUUCAACUUUCUGUACACCACUUUAAAUGGUUCCUUUCUCUUGGCUUACAUUUCCUUCUGCCUGUGCCUCCAGUUGGUUUUAAUCCAUUACACGCCCCUCUUAAUCGUUCCCAAACCCACACAUACAUUUUCUGCAGUGAAAUCCAAUAUACUAUUUUUGUACUCAAUUGUCUUCCAUCAAUGAAAGGCAUUUUCUGUACACAGAUAUUUCCUACCUUAGCUCUUUUGUUCUUCCCCACCAAAAUCUUUUGUUCCAUUUAUGUCACACUUAAGUUAAAAAAACCAACAACCCACAAACACUCAAACCUGCAGAAGGAAAGUAUCAUGAUAGUGGUGGUGAGAAAAUGUCAUACCAAAUCUCACUCAGACCAGCCAAAAUACUUUUGUAUUGCCCCACUAUCUUGCAAUUGUUCCUUGGUUAUUUUCAGGACAGCAGCUUCCUCAAAGAGUUUGUGUGUGUUUAGUGUCAAAGCAUGUUAAUAAUGAGCAUGUCAAAGUAUUUGAUUCAACUGUUGUCACCUAAUGGCAGAUCAUCUUUCAGUAUACAAGAAGUUUCCAAGUGACCAGGAUUCGAAUGUCUGAUAAUUGUGUGGAAAUUUGCAAUACAGAGGAUGAAACCUGUAUUUUAUACCUCAUACUCUAGUCUAUAGGCAUUAUAUCAAGAUUGUACUACCCUAGAAGAAAGUAGUUCUGCAGCUCAAAGUGGCUCACAGGUUAAAUGGGUGGAAGCACCAGCUGCUGUCAGAGCAUUCUGGUGAGAAGGUUGACCACAUGGGACAAAAAAAGGCCUGAUUGCCAUGAAAAAUUACCAUUCCCCUUAUAUCAUUAUUUUAUCAUGGGUAUUGGUCUGCCCUCAGUUUUUUAGAGUGGGUCUUUAGAAUGGUCUUACAGGAUAUGGUAUUUCCCACUUCUCAUUUCCCCCUUAAUAACAACCUAACAUGGUUUUUCUGGAAUAGAGAAUGGGAUUUUAGUGCAUGCCUGAUUACAAGAAGCAAAGCAGAACAGAACCACUUGAAUGCUGCUGUGUGCAAAAAUGCAAAGUAGAAUUAGUCCCAAAAGGCUGUUUUAACUUAGGCUCUAAACUGGCUUAUCUCUGGGCUUUUUAAAAGAAAGACCAAGGUAUACUUUCUCAUAUCUUACCAGCUAAGUUGACUGAAAAGUGCUAACAGGUGCAAAAUACAUAUACAAGGAGAUACAGUACCUCAUACUGUAUUAGGCUAACAGUCCAUCCAUCUCGAUACCAUCUGCCUCUAUAGGUAGAGGUGUUUCCCCGGCCUAUUAUCAGUUUUCCUUAAAUAAAAUGUGAACACCAGACCUAUGAAAACAUAGUCUUCUUCCUUAACACGCCAGGUAUAGUCUUAGGUCUACUAGAAACUACACUAGGGAGCUAGGAACCAAUAAGGGAUGCCACUUUAUUAUGGUAUCUACAGUGAGCUUCCCCAUAAAUCCAGCCCACAUAACUUCAUGUUAAACCAAAAAAAAGUUACUUUUUGGACUACAACUCCCACCAUGCCUGGCCAAACAUGGCCAGUUGCAACCUAAAAAGUAACUUUUUAAAAUUUGAAAUAGGGGUUGGAUCCCUUUCUGAGGAGACAAUACCCUACCGUAAGGGUUUACACCUAAGAAACAAAUCCUAAGACCACGUCCUUAGUAUAACUUUCAGCAGAGACUGCCCUCAUUCUGACAGCCUUGAAUUAAACUGUUAGUAAUAUGAUCAUGAAUUUAUACACCAUCACUCUUUUAAUGCAUGGCAUUUUCAAACUAUGUGAGAUGUUAUGAGUGCAACAGUCAGGUUAUUCUACAAAUAAUGAACAUAAAAAGCAGGAAGGCACGAGCUCUUCAUCUGGUGUUACACUGUACUCUCUUUGUUCCUAUCAUGGUGGUUCCAUUCAGAAUAUUUCAUGAUUCUGCAAAAAUAAUUUCCUAACUUAACACAUCUUUCACCAUCUUGCACAAUGUUAUUUUGCUUGAAUAUAUCUCCAUUUUUUUCUUGAUGUACCUAAUCUGAUGGCUAUCAUGACACAAGUGAGGCUGCUAUAUUCAGGUUGAGAAGCUAUAGUUUUGUCUUGCUGUCUACUGUUUCCUUCUUCACCGACACGCCAGCAGCAUCUUUCUACCUGUGCUCUCACUACAGUCAUCCAGUGGGGGCCAGACACUCAAGUCCCGCUGCAUUAGUGGGGCACACCAAGCUCUGUUAUCAGCUUUGCAUUUUCAACUCUGUAUAUUUUGUAUAAUAAUGAUCAAAUAUGACAAUAAAAUGCAACCACAAUGGCUAUGCACAAACACAAAA